GUCUAUCUAGUGCUCUAUUUGUGGAGCAGGACUGGUGUGGAAAGGCGGACCGCGGCGGCAGGUCGGAAUUCGCCGUGAGGUGUGGAGGCGGGAACACAGAACAGCAAGAAACACCUUACAGCUAAGAGUGAAAGAAGACUCCUAUGGCUUCUGCUUGACAAAUUCAACCUCAGUGGCAUUGGUUGUGCUAGUGGCAGAGAGAGAUUGGAAUAUUAAAUAUGGCCGGAAAGUCUCUGCACUUGUGCGUCUUCGUAAUUUGCGCGAUUCAAACGAACACCGGAUUUAACAUUGACGUGCAGUUCCCGGUUAUCAAAGAAGGAAAAACCAAGGGCAGUCUAUUUGGAUUCUCAGUGGCACUGCACAAACAGACCGAAAAGGCGAAGAAGAACUUGCUGUUAGUCGGAGCCCCUCAAGAAAAAGCCCACCCUCAACUCAGUAAAUUUAAAAUUAAUGAAACUGGAGCCGUGUAUUAUUGUCCCAUCACUGUUAACCAGGAUGACUGCGGAAGCAUGGACCUCAUCAGUCCACCAAAGUCGACGGAUAUGCUGGAGGGAAUGUGGCUAGGAGUGACCGUGGCCAGUCAGAGGAAUGGAGGCCGUGUGCUGGCAUGUGGUCAUCGCUAUGUCAAAAAACUGCUGGGCGCAGAAGAGCAGCAGCGUAUGGUGGGCAAAUGUUACGUGCGGGGCAAUGACCUGAGCUACGACCCAUCUGAUUACUGGCAGUCGGAAACCUACGAGCUGUGCGACUUCAACCACGACCAGGACCUGGAGGGCAUGUGUAACAUGGGUAUAUCAGGAGGCAUGACGGAGAAAGAUGUGUAUUUUGGGACACCUGGCAGCUUCACGUGGCAGGGCACCGUCCAUAUGAAGUGCAGAGACACAGACUCCGAUUAUGCUGGCGAUGCCAAUGAUAGAAGCUUUGGUAAACUGGGUGAGGACAAGUUCAACAUCUACAUAGGUUACUCUGUGCUGGAGGACAUAAAGUUACUGGAUCGCUCUGUGUUCACUGUGGUGAUGGGGGCUCCCAGAGAUGAAUUCAAGGGUUCAGUGAUCCUGGCCGACAAACAAGACUUGAUACUCAAGCAGCUGAUGACGAUCACAGGGGAACAAAUAGGGUCGUACUUUGGCAGCUGCUUGGCAGUAACAGACCUCAACAAUGACGAUUGGAAUGACCUGAUCGUCGGCGCGCCAUUUUAUUUCGACCGCUAUAAGGAGGAAGGAGGUGCUGUUUACAUUUUUAUGAACGAAAACGGAUCCUUCCAGAAAAAAGCCAGCCUGGUUCUGAAGGGUAAAAAGGGAUCUGGGUUUGGGUUUGCCGUUGCUGCGGUCGGAGAUGUCAAUCAGGACGGAUUUCAAGAUAUUGCUGUCGGCGCUCCAUUCCAGGACUCUGGAAAAGUCUACAUAUGGAUGGGAAGUAAAAGUGGAAUAACUAAAGAACCAAGCCAGGUGAUCGAGGGUAAGUCAUUGGGUCCCAGUGGUUUUCAGACGUUUGGUUAUUCUCUCAGUGGAGGAAUGGAUAUGGAUGGAAAUGAUUAUCCAGAUAUUUUGGUGGGCUCUUUGGAUGACCGCAUCGCACUCUUGAGGUCUCGUCCAGUCAUUCAUCUGUCCAAAAACUUCACCGUGGAGCCAAAGAUUGUGAUUCCAAGCCAGUGUGGUAUUUCCUGCAUAAAGGUGAAGGUGUGCUUCAGUUACACUCUCAGCAAUGGAAACAGCAACUUCAGGAAGGAAAUCACUGUGAAGUUUACGAUAGAUGCUGACCAGAAUCGCAGAGGUGCUCGAGUACGCUUUAUAGACAACAAGCAAAGCACGUUUACAGGCCUUCUGUCUUUCUCUGCUUCUUCCUGUCAAGAGCUGGAGCUCAGUGUUAAUAAUCCAGUGACGGACAAACUUCAGCCCAUAGUGUUCAGUCUGAACGUGUCUCUAAAUCAACAGAAAGCAGCAGCGCAGCAGACAUUACAGAGUCUAGACUCUUUCCCUGUGCUGAGUGGACAGCAGAUCCUCACCGACAAAGCUGAGAUUAAUUUCCACAAGGAGUGUGGAGAUGAUAACCGUUGUAGCAGUAACCUGCAGCUCAAGGCCAGGUUUGCAGAUGAAAACUACAAUCCCUUUCCCAGUCAGACGCUGGAGUUUAGCAGUAAUGUGAAGAAGCUGGUGCUGAUGGUGGAGGUCUCCAACACAGCGGAUGAGAACAAACCGGCGGAGGAUGCUCAUCAGGCCACGCUCAACAUCUCCAUUCCAUACUCACUCAAAUACUCAGGCGUCCGUCCUCCGGCUGGUUUUGAUAUGGAGUGCAGUGCAGACGAGGCUGUCAUAUGUGAUCUGGGAAACCCAUUUAAGAGCAAUCAGAAGGUCUCAUUUAUAAUCAUCUUUGAGACCUCUGGUAUUACACUUUAUACAGAGCAGAUCCAAUCUCAGCUGCAGCUCUCCACUAUUAGUGAACAGGCGGAUCUGUUUCCUGUUCUUGUCACCCUCAAUGUGAAGAACACGAUCCUCACUACAUUUUCUUUGGAAAAGCUAAUAAUCGACACGUCGUUCAGCGGCAAUGUGAUCGGAGAAUCUGCCAUGAGCAGCACCAGUGAUGUGGGGAGUCCAUUGGAGUUUGUGUUUCGUGUGCAGGUGCUGGGAGAACCACUGGGAGAUCUGGGAACUCUUGUGAUUGACUUUGACUGGCCGUAUGCAGUAGCCAAUGGGAAAUGGCUGCUGUAUCUCACAGAAAUAGUGAUCAAAGGAUCAUCGGAGUCUCAUUGUGUCCCGCCAGGGAAUAUCGUCAACUAUCUAAACCUCACACUGUCAAAAGAAGGUACUAAACGAAACAAAAGAGAAGUGGAUUCUGGGUUUCCUCACGCUGAAGCUUCUGUCACCGUCCUGGCGACUCGUAAAGUGGCACAUUUUCUGGACUGUUCAAAGAAGACGGCUCUGUGUCAGACCUUCUCCUGCCCGCUGCUCAACAUGUCCACCCAGGCGGAGGUCAGAGUUCGAGCACGGGUGUGGAACGGCACCUUGCUGGAGGACUAUGCCAAAGCCUUGCGAGUGGAAGUAAAGGGACAGGCUACAUUGAGAUUGCUGACCGAUAAACCGGCCAUCAAAAUGGACAACCAAACCAGAGAGUUUUCAGUGAACAUUGAUCCGGUGUUGGGAGAAGAGACACCGUAUGAAGUUCCCCUCUGGAUCAUCAUUGUUGCAGCGGUUGCAGGAAUACUCUUAUUAGGCAUCAUCAGUCUUAUUCUCUGGAAGUGCGGUUUCUUCAGACGGGCCAGCAGGAGAGAGAUGUAUGAGGCCAAAUCCCAGAAAGCAGAAAUAAAGAUCCAGCCCUCUGAGACAGAGAGGCUGACGGAGGAGUUCUGAGCCUGCAUGCAGGGCUCCACCAUUAUAGGGCCCUUCGCAGUGUGGUUUCUUCAAGAGGGCUGUUUACUACAGGAUCAUGCCAAAGUACCAAGGUGUGAAAGUCCGCAAAGAGGAACGCUACAACCUGGCCUUCCAGCCCGAGCAAGACCUCAGCAAGAAACUCUGGGUGACCAACUGGACAGAAAUGCAUGAAUUUUACUACUGACGUCUUCACUCUCUCCAUCCAUCCAGAGCCAGGAGGAGCGUGAUGAUUGGACGAUGUGAUUUAUUAACCCCGCCUCCACUCGAAGGACACUGGACAUCGCCGUUGCUCAAACACAGUGAGAACAAGUUUGGAAGCGUUUGUUGGUCUGUGUGCAAUAGAGUUGUAGACCAUUAAACUGCUUUCAACAAAGCCAGAUUAUCUGGGAUAAUAUGUAAAUAUGUUUUGAAUUUUGUGCAUAUUGUAUGACGUUUCAUUCCGUUUCUUAUGAUAGCUUUUAAUCAGGGUUGCUUUUUAUAUGUAUUGAGAUCAGUUGGAGUUUAGAGUUGGUCAUUUUUACUCAUCGACAUCCCGCUGAAACCGAGCAGACGUUAAACUUUGUUAAUGAUUUCGUUUGCAUUGAAAUAAGUUGCGAAAAAUAAACAGAGUUGCAUUUUACGGUCAAAACCUGACAAACUCUUUGAAAGAGACAGAAAUAGGCUGCGUCCGGAAUCGCCUACUACAACGUAGGUACUGCAUUUGAAUUUAACCCUCAGGGGUCUAACGUCCCAUUCACACGGGGCUUCAGCGUCAACAAUUGACUGAAGGCGUGUCUGAAGUUGAAGCUGAAGCGAUCGUCAUAGAAGCGUCAGCCAAUGAAAUACAGUUAGCAAUAGGCCACUGUCUAGCUGGUGUAUUUGCAUACAGCGAUCUGAUUGGCUAACGCUUACGUUGGCGCUUAAAAGGUUGAGCUAGUCCCAACUUCUGCAGCAACGUCUCUGAAGCGGCGUCGACAGAUCCACCAUGCAGUUCGGCAACGCCUGACGUCACCCAUUCAAAGUGAAUAGGAAGCGUUGACGCUGAAGCCCCGUGUGAAUGGGGCGUAAGGGUGUUUUGGGGCCGUGGAGAAGUUUUGACAUGCACUGACAUUUGUGUUGUUUUCAGUAUCUUAAAAACAUAUUAAUGGCUAAAGUGUGAUAAUACUGUAAACAGCACAAGCUGGGCUACAAUAAUACCUGAGCAGCAUGUUUGUUUGUGUUUGUGUUUUUGAGAAAGAAACGUUUAUGCGUAGUUAGUGAAAAACUAAAAUUUAAAGUUACUAAAACAAGGCCGUGAAACACACAGACAACAUUUGUUCACAAGACUUUUGAGAACUGGAUCUUGUAGCCUAGUGUUUUUGCUUCAAAAUGAUGUGAGAAUCAUCUUGUUUGCUUGCUCACAGAAAACAAUGUAAUGAAUUUAAAUUUCUUAGUCACUUUCUGAGUGAAAGUGGUCUAUUCGAGAAUCAUUACUAAUGCAGUGAGUCACACCUGAGAAGACAAAGACCUGAAUAAUGAGCCAUCAGACAGGUAAGACUAAUCUGAGGAAAAGAUAACUUUAUUUUUUAUGUUUACAGUUUAUUUAAAAUAUAUUUAGCUAUCACACAAAAUAACUCGAGAUACACUUGUGAGAGUCAGUGCACUGUAUAAAACUCUGUAAACUAUAUUAACUCCUGGGGGUUAAAUGUACUACUCGGCCAUUAGAAAAGUACGAACUAUACAGUAGUGUAUGUCAUUCAUCACGUGAUCUACCUGCGUCAGUUGUUUCUUUACUCCCAUUCAUGAAUUCUCUCGUGGUACAUCAUUUGGUUAUUUCAAUCGGCUGCCAUUUUAAAAAAACGAAAGCAAGGCUGCAAUGGGAAGAAACCUAAAAGUAUAGGAGUAUAUACAGUACCACUGUAAACAUUGCAGCAACAUGCUGUGGGCUACAAACCUCCAGCUGUUGCUGCGAUUUCAAAAUGCAGAUAUGGUGUAAACAUCACUUUAAUAUCAUUCAGUGAAGUAUAGUUUAAACAAUUAUGGAUUAAAUUUUCCAACAAAAAUUAUAUUCUAGGAUCAACAUAGAUCGCAUCGUACUUCUACAUCCUCCCAUGGAGGAAAAUGACAAUGUCCAAACCACAAAGUUCCUAUCAACAUUAAAGUGUGUGUGCAUGUGUAUACUUGUUUUUAUAUCAUGACGAAUGUUCCAUAGUAGAUUUUGUUCCAACCAUGGUUGUCAAUGGCUUUAUUUUCCCAACAUUCCUCAGAAUAAUUUUUUUGUGUGUUCAACAAAAGAACAAAACACUUAUCAAGAAAAUAGUGAGAAAUCUUUCAAUUUUGGGUAAACUUUCCCACUAUCAACCUAACAAUUAAACAUAGAAAAACUUUGAAAACAUAGACUUCACAUACCUUCACCUUAGAAUUCUAAGGUUCUAUCUGACAUUUUUUGUCAAAAUUGAUUUAUUGACAUAUUCUUAUUAACAACUUAUUUACAACAUUGAUGUUUUUUUUUUAAUAUAAGUUGUUUACAUUUUAAGACCUUUUAUUUAAAAAAAACAAAUGUUACACACAUAUUGUUUGCUAUGGAAUGCAAAAUACUUUGAAGCUCAAUAUCUCAAAAUCAUCCAGAACGCAGAUAGAACCUUAUAAUUAGAACCUCAUAAUUCCGAGGUGACGAUACAGUUACUUACUCGCUAGCCUUUGGCUUAGUCCCUGAUUUAUCUGGGAGUUCCACAGUGGAAUGAACCACCAAUUACUUUUACAUAUAUUUUAUGUGGCAGAACAUGCAAAGAAAUAAAAAAACUGUUUGAAUAAAUGUGAAAAUUUGGGAUCAGAAUGGCUAAAAAUGCAUUUUAUAAAUAUACUAUAAUAAUUUUUGAUUUUUCUUUCACUGUAUAACCAAAAAUCAGUUCACAUAGAUACACAUCUACACUUUUUGAGUGAGCCAUUGUUUUUUUUUUUUUUUUUUGCUUUGCGGUUUGUUGUCAAGUUUUGUUUUGUUUUUGGAAAUUCCCAGUUUUAAUGCGUUUAUUUUACUUUUACAAAUGCUGAAUUUUAAAAUUCAGUGGAACCACUACUACUGUAACUGCUCUCCUGUUGUUGCAAACUAUCUUUCCAGUAGAGAAUGUUGAUUUCAUGAUUGAAUAAAGACUGUAAUUUCUAUAUAAAAUAAUAUUUGUAAUGCCAA